CGUAUGCGUAUUUAAAUAGCAACUUUUUUGUAGUGAUCAUGACAAUCGGUUUUAGAAUUUCCAAGCUUGUUGCGCCCAUAGUCGGGAACGUAAUUUGUUUAUCUCGAGCCCAAUUUAGUGCUGUAAAAAUGAGUAAUAAUCCCGAUUACAAAGCUGCGACAUCCAUCCAUGAAUUCACAGUGAAGAAUAUAAAGGGCGAAGAUGUAAAACUUGAUGUUUAUAAAGGUCAUGUCUGCAUUAUUGUGAAUGUGGCCUCACAGUGCGGGCUCACUGCGAAUAAUUACAAGCAAUUGAAUGAAUUAUACGAGAAAUAUGCCGAGGACAAAGGUCUGCGCAUCCUGGCGUUCCCCUGUAAUCAGUUUGCCGGCCAGGAGCCUGGUAACCCUGAGGAUAUUGUCUGCUUUGCAUCAGAGAGGAAAGUGAAGUUUGACCUAUUUGAGAAAAUUGAUGUCAACGGAGAUGGUGCCAGUCCUUUGUGGAAAUUCUUGAAGGUAAAGGUUCACAAGCAAGGAGGUACUCUGGGCAAUUUCGUGAAAUGGAACUUCACCAAAUUCAUUGUGGACAAGGAUGGAGUCCCAGUUGAGCGCCAUGGACCCAAUGUGGACCCAUUGGACCUGGUGAAAUCCCUGGAGAAGUACUGGUAAUCAGCUUCACGGAAAAUGGCACUGCAUUUUAUUUUUUUACGACAUAGUAGGCUUUAGUUAAGUUGUAGAUGGUUUUCAACAAUUCAUUCUUUGCCUUCACAGCAUUUAACUUUUACUGUUAUUGACAUAUUGACUUUUAAAUGUUUAUUCUAUUAUUUUUCACGUCUUAGAAAGGUGGAUACAAUUCGUAGCCAUCUUUAAGCAAUAAUGCACACAAAUACCUAUAAAAUAAUACUAGGUAUACUUUUUUGAAAUAUCACGCACGACGGCAUGUCGAAAGAAUGUUAAAGAAGUUAGCAUAUUAGAAACUUAUAAAAUAUUAUAUUUAUAUGUAUAAUUAUGUAUGAAAAUUCUGCAAACACAUUGUGUGAUAUAUUGAGUAGUCUUUAAGAAUUAUUGUUUAUUUUUUUGUGAUAAAAUAUAUGGACAUAAUAAUUU